AUAAAACUUUGUCCGCAGACACACAGAACUUUCAGCACACAACUUGCCUGUCCCAAAAUGGAGUGCUGCAAAUAUAUAUUUGGAUUAGUUUUCUUUCUCUACACAGUUCAAGGAGAUAUUCUGGACAAUUAUGUAAGGACAGAUGGUGCUUGGAUCCUUGGUCAAGAAUCCACCACCUAUAGAACUUUAACUAAAGGAGCUUGUGCUAUCAAAUGUGAAACUGAAACAGAAUUUAUCUGCAGGGCAUUUCUAUUUACAGCGAAAGAGCAGCAAUGCAUUACGUUGCGCGACAAUACUAAAACAGCGUCUGUGUUCAGAAAAGCAGGGGCCAUUCUCUUUGAAAAACGAAUGUAUCUCCUGGAAUGCAGAAUUGGAACUGGAGUGGACUACAGAGGAACAGAAUCAAAAACACAGAAUGGUGUAGUAUGCCAGAAAUGGACCGAUAACAGUCCUCAUAUUCCCAAUUUUACACCUUCUCUGUAUCCUAAUGCUUCAUUAGAAGAAAACUACUGCAGAAAUCCAGAUCACGAUGUUAAAGGUCCCUGGUGUUAUACAACAAAUCCUGAAACCAGAUUUGAUUUUUGCAACAUUCCUGAAUGCGAAGAGAAGUGUAUGCACUGCAGUGGGGAAAACUAUCGAGGCAAAGUUUCCACAACAGAAUCUGGGCUCACCUGUCAGGCAUGGGCUUCUCAAGAGCCUCACGCUCAUGGAUACAUCCCUUCCAAAUUUCCAGAAAAGAAUCUGAUAUCAAAUUACUGCCGUAAUCCAGAUGGUGAACCACGUCCUUGGUGUUUCACUUCCCUCCUGACGAAACGCUGGGAAUUCUGUAACAUUCCAUGGUGUGCUAAGUCUCCACCAGCUAUUACGGGCCACCAAUGUCUUGUGGGAAAUGGAGAAGAUUAUCGAGGAAAUGUAGGAGUGACCGAAUCAGGAAAAACCUGUCAAUCAUGGGCAUCCCAAGAACCUCAUACCCAUGGAAGAACUCCAGAAAACUACCCUUGCAAAGGUUUGGAAGAAAACUAUUGUAGAAACCCUGAUGGAGAGACUCGGCCUUGGUGCUAUACAUCUGACCCAACUAUACGAUGGCAAUACUGCAACAUUGCUAAAUGUGAUGAUGUCAUCACAGUUACUGCUGCUGUCCCUGUUGUUCCUCCCCAAAUACCUCCCCAAGUACCUCAACAGGUACCUCAACAGGUUGAGGAUUGCUAUGAUGACAACGGCUCAAGUUAUCGGGGUACUACUGCAGUGACUACCACAGGGAAGAAAUGCCAAGCAUGGAUUUCUAUGCGGCCCCAUCAUCACACUAAGACACCAUCUGCAUUCCCAGAUGCGGACUUGAGAAGGAACUAUUGCCGAAACCCAGAUGGUGACAAAGCACCCUGGUGUUAUACUACUGAUCCUGGGACAAGGUGGGAGUACUGCAAUCUGCAGAAGUGUUCACCGGAAACUUCGCAGUCAUUGGCACUAAACAUUGACUGUAGGGUUGGCAGUGGCAGAGACUACCGUGGACAUGUUGCAACCACAGCGAAAGGCAGGACCUGCCAAGAAUGGCAAGCACAGGUUCCUCAUGAGCAUACUUCUUUCACACCAGAGACUCACCCAAGGUCAGGACUGGAGAAAAAUUACUGCAGAAAUCCUGAUGGUGAUUCAAACGGUCCUUGGUGCUAUACAACAGAUAAAAAUACAGGCUGGGAAUAUUGUGAUGUUCCGCAGUGCCCUGAUUCUGCUGAUGAUGGAUGUGGAAAAGCCAAAUAUUCACCGCUUCUAUGUUUUGGAAGAGUUGUUGGUGGCUGUGUUUCAAAUCCUCAUUCUUGGCCCUGGCAGAUCAGUCUCCGCGUUCGGUACAACAAUCUACAUUUUUGUGGAGGCACCUUAAUAAAGCCACAAUGGGUUCUGACAGCAACUCACUGUUUAGACCGGUCAUCAAGUCCUAGUUUUUACAAAGUGUCGCUCGGCCUGCACACAGAGGAAGCUUCAGAACCAUCCGCCCAACAUCGCAACGUUCAGAAAAUAUUCAAAGAACCAUAUCGGGCAGACAUUGCCUUGCUGAAAUUAAGCAGCCCAGUAAAGAUCACCAAUGAAGUCAUUCCAGUCUGCUUGCCUUCAUCCAACGUUGUUGUAGAAGGUGGAGCAGAAUGUUAUGUCACAGGAUGGGGUGAUACAAAAGGAACUGGUGGAGAAGGCUUACUUAAAGAGACCGGCUUCCCUGUCAUUGAAAAUAAAGUGUGUAACCGGCCUGAGUUUCUAAAUAACAGAGUCAGAAACCACGAACUCUGUGCUGGUAAUAUUGAUGGUGUAUCUGAUAGCUGCCAGGGUGACAGUGGAGGCCCCUUGGUCUGUGAAGAGCAAGGAAGAUAUGUGCUACAUGGAGUAACCUCCUGGGGUCUGGGCUGUGCCCAGCCCAUGAAACCUGGCGUUUAUGUGCGAGUGUCUCGCUUUAUUCCAUGGAUCGAAAGAAUUCUGAGAGAAAAUUGAGCUGCCAAUAACCUCUUGCCGAAAGCAACAAAGAGAAAGAAGAAUAAAUAGAAUUGAAGUGCAAUAUAAUGAAAUAAUUUACAUGAAUGUAAAAUAAAUACCACGAAUAUCCUGUAA